AUGGCUGAUCGGGUGCUUGUGAUUGGCAGUGGAGGGAGAGAGCAUGCGCUGGCCUGGAAGUUGGCCCAGUCCCCACAUGUAAAACAAGUGUUUGUUGCUCCAGGAAAUGCAGGAACAGCUGACAAUGGAAAAAUUUCAAAUUCAGCUGUAUUAGUGAGCAAUCACACUAUUGUUACCCAGUUCUGCAAAGAUCAUAACAUAGGACUUGUGUUAGUUGGACAAGAAGCUCUUUUGGCAGCUGGGAUUGUUGAUGACUUGAGAGCAGCAGGAGUUAGGUGUUUUGGACCAUCUGCAAAAGCAGCCCAGCUGGCAUCCAACACGAGUUUUGCCAAAGCCUUUCUGGAUCGACAUGGGAUUCCAACAGCAAGAUGGAAAGCCUUCACCAAUCCUCAGGAAGCUUGUAGGUUUAUUAUCAGCACAGACUUUCCUGCACGAGUCGUACGGGCGAGAGGCCCUGCUGCUAGAAAAGAAGUGACUAUUGCAACCAGCAAAGAGGAGGCCUGCAGAGCUGUUCAAGAGAUUAUGCAGGACAGAAUGUUUGGAGAGGUGGUUGUUAUUGAAGAGCUUCUUCAAGGGGAAGAACUUUCUUGCUUGUGCUUCACGGAUGGUGUCACCAUUGCCUCGAUGCCCCCAGCCCAGGCCCACAAACGAUUAUUGGAUGGCGACCAGGGUCCGAACACUGGAGGGAUGGGAGCCUAUUGCCCGGUUCCUCAGGUUCCAGAAGUUCUUCUAGAGAAAAUCAAGGAUGCUAUCCUUCAACAUGUUGUUGAUAGUAUGAGACAAGAAGGAACAGCAUAUGUAGGUGUGCUCCAAACAGGUUUAAUGCUUACCAAAGAUGGUGUGAAAAUUUUAAACUUUAAAUGUCAGUUUGGUGACCCUCAGUGCCAGGUAAUUCUUCCACUACUUAAAAAUGAUUUUUAUGAAGUGAUUCAAGCAACAAUUGAUGGCAAACUCUGCAACUUCAUGCCAACCUGGUCAGAAAAUAGUACGGCUGUGUGUGUGGUCAUGGCAAGUCCAGGAUACCCAGGAGACUAUGACAAAGGCAUGGAGGUAACAGGGCUGCUGCAAGCCAAAGAGUUAGGGCUGCAGGUGUUCCAUGCUGGCACAACGCUGAAGGAUGGCAGAGUGGUGACAAGUGGUGGCAGAGUCCUCUCCAUUACUGCUGUUAAGGAGGACCUGAUGAAAGCACUGGGAGAAGCCAACAGGGGUGUAGCGGCCAUACGUUUCAAAGGUGCCACUUACAGGAAGGACAUUGGCCAUCGGGGUAUACGGCUUCUCAAACAGUCUCUGGGUCUAAUAUACAAAGAGAGACGUGUGGAAGCUGUAACCAGUGAUGGUUUGUUUCAUCAGCUGGAAACAUCAAUUGUAAGUGGUACCAGAUCAGGCAGUCAUUCAGAAGUAGGAGGCUUUGCUGGUUUCUUUGACUUGAAAGCAUCUGGUUAUGAUGAUCCUAUCUUGGUGUCUCAAACUAAAGGCCUUGGACCUAAACUGCAGAUUGCACAAAUAUGUAAAAGACAUGACACCAUAGGUCAGGACCUGGUUGCCCUGUGUGUCAAUGACAUCCUGGCUGAAGGAGCAGAGCCUCUCUUCUUCCUCAGUUAUUUUGCCUGUGGCAAACUUGAUGUUGAGCUGACUGAAACAAUGAAAGAAGGAAUAGCUGAAGCUUGCAGAAAUGCAGGAUGCGCAUUCCUGGGCAGGGAGAUGGCUGAGGUGACUGGUAUGUAUUCUUCUGGAGAGUAUGACCUGGCUGGCUUUGUGGUUGGCGCAGUGGAGCGAGGCCAGAUGCUUCUGGGGCUGCAGAGAGCUGAUGAGGAGGAUGUGCUUAUUGGACUGGCCUCUACUGGGAUUCACGGCCGUGGCUUUAGCAUCGUAAGGAAGAUUCUCUUAAUGUCCUCCUUACACUACUCCUCACCAGCGCCUGGCAGUUUUGGUGACAAGACUCUAGGAGAUAUAUUGCUGACUCCUGCAAAAAUGUACAGUCCGUCCUUGCUGCCUGUCCUUCGCUCAGGGCACGUGAAGGCUUUUGCCUUCAUUGCUGAGGAGGGGUUGCUGGAAGGCAUCUCCAGAGUCCUGCCAGAACAUGUCGGUGCUAUCCUAGAUGCUCUCAGUUGGAAGAUUCCUGAAAUCUUUUGCUGGCUUUACAGAGAGGGAAACCUCUCUGAGGAGGAGAUGGCUCAGACAUUUAAUUGUGGGAUUGGUGCAGUCCUGGUUGUGCAGAAGGACCUGGCUCAGCAUGUUCUCAAGGACUUACAGAGGCAUGAGGAAUCUUGGCUGAUCGGGAAGGUUGUUGCCCCUUGUCACACAGGUUCUCACAUCAAAGUUGAGAAUCUUCUUGAAGCUCUGCAGCUGAGCAGCCCCCAGCAUCUGCUGAAUAACGCUGUUGUUGAGAGUCAACACCAACCCAGAAAGAACAAAGUUAAAGUGGCUGUUCUCAUCUCUGGAACAGGCACAAACCUUGCUGCGCUCAUCAGUUAUGCAAGAGAGCCAGGCAGUUGUGCUCAAGUUGUCCUUGUCAUCUCCAACAAAUCUGGCGUGGAAGAACUACGAAAUGCAGCCCGGGCUGGAAUUCCCACCAGGGUGAUUGAUCAUAAGUUAUACGGGAGUCGCUCUGAAUUUGACAGCACGAUUGACCGAGUUCUUGAAGAAUUUGAUGUAGAACUAAUAUGUCUUUCAGGAUUUAUGAGAAUUUUGUCCAGUCCUUUUCUCAGAAAAUGGAAAGGAAAAAUUUUGAAUGCUUCUCCAUCACUUUUCCCACCAAUCAAGGAUGGAAAUGCCCAUCAGCAAGCCCUGCAAAGUGGAUUCAAAGUCACAGGCUGCACCGUGCAUUUUGUCCUGGAGGAACCUAGUCCGAAAGCAGUGAUCCACCAGGAGCCAGUACCAGUGAAGGCCGACGACACCGAGGAGGCACUGUCAGAAAGGGUUAAAGAAGCCGAGUGCCGGGCUUUUCCCAUUGCCCUGCAGCUGGUAGCCAGUGGAGCGGUGUGGUUAGGAGCCGAUGGUAAAACCUGCUGGAAACAAGAGAGCCAAAGUCUCUGUCUUCAAGAGGAGACGUGCACGUCCUCUCUCGUGGCUCUGGAGCCUCAAGAAAACGAUGUGGUGUAG